AUGCGGGCCCCCUCAAACUCUCGAGCCUUCGCCUUCGCCGCGUUCGCAUACAUAACCACCGCGGCGGGCGCUUCCCUCAAGGAUGUCUGCACGGUUGAGUUUGCCAAAUCCAAGCUCCCGGCAUCGGAUUUUAUUCAAGGCAUCACCCUUGAUCCUUCGUCCGUCACUACGAACGUCGUUUACAAUGCAUCCAGCGCCGACGGAACCUUCUUUCCAGCAACGACCUUCUCGUACUGCAAUUUGACCUUCGCAUACUCACACAACGGCCGUCAGGGUGAUCAAGUUCUUGUCCAGUACUGGCUCCCCGACCCGGCCAAGUUCGAAAACCGGUACCUCUCGACCGGUGGCGGGGGCUAUGCUAUUAACUCCGGGGUCCGAUCUCUCCCUGGUGGAGUCAUAUACGGUGCCGUGGCGGGAGCUACUGACGGCGGGUUUGGGAGCUUCUCAACUCAAGCUGACGCAGCAAUGCUCCUUGCCAAUGGUACUCUCGACUACGAAACACUGUACAUGUUUGGAUACCAGGCGCAUUGGGAGCUGAGCAAGAUUGGAAAGCAGUUCACCCGGAAUUUUUUCAACAUGGGCGAGAAGACUAAGCUCUAUUCCUAUUACCAGGGCUGCUCUGAGGGUGGGCGUGAAGGUUGGAGUCAGAUUCAGCGAUAUGGUGACGAAUGGGACGGUGCAGCCAUUGGGGCCCCGGCUUUCCGCUGGUCCUUCCAACAGACGCAGCAUCUGUAUUCAAAUAUCGUCACGAAGACAUUGGGAUACUACCCGCCCCCUUGCGAGAUGCAGAAGAUCGUCAAUGAGACCAUCUCUGCUUGUGAUGCCCUGGAUGGUCUGAAGGAUGGAGUGAUCUCUCGCUCGGAUCUUUGUGAAUUGCACUUUGAUCUUUCCAGUGUAAUUGGAAAGCCGUACUCUUGUGCCGCUACAGCCGCAAGUGGAGGCUCUGGUAAGCGCAAGAGACAGAUGAGCUCCGCCGCGACGCCUGCCCAAAAGGGGACUGUGACCAAGGAGGCGGUCGAGGUUGCCAAGGAAGUUAUCCGCGGCCUGCGCGACUCUCAAGGGCGACAGGUGUAUUUCUCCUACCAGACGGGUUCGACCUUCUCGGAUGUCACAACCCAGUACAACUCCACCACCGGGAAAUGGGAACUCGAGGUGGACGGACUCGGAGCUGAACACAUCGCCCUGCUGGUCGACAAGAAUGGUACCGAUCUCUCCAACCUCGACGGUGUGACUUAUGACACGCUGAAGAAUUGGAUGAUCAGUGGCAUGCAGGAAUUCGGAUCGACUCUGCAGACUAACUGGCCCGACCUGACUCCUUUCCACCAAGCCGGCGGCAAGGUCAUCCAUUUCCAUGGCGAGGCAGACUACAGUAUCCCAACAGCUUCAUCGGUGCGAUACUGGGAGUCUGUCCGGAGUAUCAUGUACCCCAGCCUCUCCUACAAGGACGGCGCCGACGCUCUCAAGGACUGGUACCAGCUGUACCUCGUCCCCGGUGCCGGCCACUGCUCGACCAACACUCUGAUGCCCAAUGGACCUUUCCCUCAGACCAACCUGCAAGUCUUGAUCAACUGGGUGGAGAAGGGCGUCAAGCCAGUGACCCUCAAUGCCACUGUCCUCCAAGGUGAAUAUGAGGGUGAGAAUCGGCAGAUUUGCGCAUGGCCCCUGCGUCCUGUUUGGAAGAAGAAUAAGAUGGAGUGCGAGUAUGAUCAGACCUCGAUUGAUACAUGGCACUAUAACUUGAAUGGCGUGCCGCUGCCUGUCUAUUAA